AUGGACCGUCGACGAUUGUUUUCAAGUAUCGAAAAUGCUGGUCCAUCCUUUACUUCUACUCCUAUUUCAAAGGACGCUCCUAAACCUACACUUGCUGUAAGUUUGUGUAUUGUUAAAAGAGUUUUACAUUCAGUUUUGGCAAUUUUAAAACUAUUAGUUUGAAAGAUUUUAAUGAAUAUUGUUUUAGUUGAGUGUGAUCCGCCAUCGUCCGAAUGCUCCUACAUUGGUAAGUUGUUUUACUAUCUAUUUUUUAUAUUUUAGGUUACUCUGGAGGUUUACAUAUAGUGGAAAAGUACGGUUUUAAUGUGUUAUAUUAUACUUGUUUAUAAAAACUAGUGUUAAAUUUUAUUUUUGUUAUAACUUUCUUGAACAGAAAGUUAUAGAUUUCAAAUUUUGACAAUUACGAGAUAAUUUAAUGGGUCAACAAGUUUUUAAGAUAAAAUUUUGAAAUUAGCCAAUACUUGCAUGUUGUAGUAGCUUUAGAGAGACCUAAAAUGAUGUCUAGAGUUUGAGAUUUUUUUCAUUUUAAAGUUAUGUUUUUAUUCUUUAAACAAUAAAGAAGAUAAACUAUCUAUUUUUUUAGAACACACCAGGUCCAACACUUGACUUCUCAACAAUUCAUGAAGUGAUUUCAAUAGACGACGAUACUCCAGAAGUCGCACGAAACUCAGUCAGAUCCAAUGGUUCUACGGCCGAAGGAGUUGUCUGUGGAUCUGCCGAAUCGAAAAAAGUCGCCACACCAACUAACGAUCGUUUCGUCGUGCCUAAACUGCCAACGUUCCGAGCUCCAUUAACAUCAGCUAAUGGAAAAUCAGAUCCGCCAAGUCCAAUGCAUCGGAGUCGAAGCAUAAUCGAGCCAAGCGAUGAUGAUGAUGAGAAGGAGAAUUGGUAUGGAUUGUCAGAACAGGCAAAGAGGGAACGGCGACAGAGAAAGCAACGAAUGGGACGGGUGAGUAUGUUGUAGUAGGUAUUGGUCGGGAAAAAUCAAAAUUUAUAUUUUUUAGAAUAUUGAUGCAAAACUUUAAUAUAAAUUUAGAUUCACAAGGUAUUAAAAAUUAAUUUUGAUCAUUUUUCAGCGAGCUCUACCAACAAGACGGCCGCCUCUGCAGAAGUACGGUAACACGAUCGUAAUGGAGAGUGACUCGGAUCAAGGAGAUGUUUCGAUGCGAUCGGUCGGCGAAGAACACCAGGUAGCGGAUAAAUUUAAAUUACUGUCUCUGAACUAACCACCUUUGAAAUGUUUGUCGAAAUUUUGGGAAAAACUACUGAUAUCUGGCUGAAAUUUUGUGACUUUUUUGACGAACUUUUGUAAAAAACGGUGAAAAAACGUUGAAAAUGUUUGAAAUAUACUAGUUUUUUGUUUUUUUUAGAUUUAUAUGUUCAUUCUGAUUCUUUUUGGAUUAUUUUUCAUCUUAAAAAUGCGAAAGUAUUAAUGGAUCUCAUCAAAAACAUCGAUGUUACCAUAAGAAAAACUGAAGAAAACAUAAAAAAUUACAAAAAAAGAUUUUUAGCCAGAUAUCUAACGUUUUUGUACAAUUUUGUACUAGUCGUACUAUACUAAUCAUACUGUCUGAUGUUUUUCCACUCUCAGUUUUAGGACUGAAAUUAUACUAGCACUGAUUUGUCAUUAUGUGAUAGUCAAAUCUAACCUGUGAUAAAAGAUUUUACUGACAUUUCGGAGAUAUUUUUUUAAAUUUAAGGGUUGGUAGGGGGAUUUUAAACAUUUGAGAUGGCAUGGUUUUGUAUUUUAGGUAUCUUGAUUUUUUUGGAUGAUUUUGGUAGGUGAGAUGAUUUGUGUUAUUUUAGGUGAGUGGAGGUAUAACAUAAGGGUUAUUAAUAAGGAAAACUUUCUUUUUGGUUUUUUUUGCUUGAAAUCAUCAAAAUUUAUUUUAAAAAGGGCAAAAUUCGUAUUUUACAGCAAGAAUACUCAAAAUUCGACUUAGGGGUGGAUUUUUAAAAAUUUUUUGAAAAAAGUUAAUUUUUUAAAAUCGUAAUGAAAAAGAUUAAAAUUCAACUAAACGUUAACCCACAAAAACCUCAUUUUAGGCCUCCGAACCUCCAGAAUCCUUUCCAUCGUUAAGAAUUGCCGAAUCCGAGCCAACUGACUCAGUUAGCUCUCUAAAACAACAUCAAAUCAUAAUGUCAUCGGAUGACGAGGAUUUUGGUGAAGUUUCGAAAAAACACGAAAACAAACCUCAAGUGGUGUCAUUAAUAACUGAUGAUGAAGAUGAAAAUGACAAAAGUCAACAUGAACAGAGGAAAAGAAGCAAGGGUAAUGAUGUUGAUGUAGAUAAUGAUAGGAUGGAUAAUUCUGGCCGUUUUGAUGAAGAUAAUGGUGGUAUGAAGUGGUCUAAGCAUGGAGAAGAUGAUAUGGAUCAUUCUGGUCAUUAUGGUAAAGAGAAUCGGAAGUCAGUUGGCUGUGAUAAGAAGAAUGACAGCUUUGAUCAUCAUGGUGAAUGUAAGAGAAAUUCAGGUCUUUUUGUUUCGUCUAAUGGCACUCUGAACAAGUCUAAGCAAAGCGAUGAGGAUAAUCAUGCUAUGGACAGUUCUGAUCGGCCUGGUAAAGAAAAUGCUGAUUCAGAGAAGCAUGGUGAAUAUAAUGGCAGUCGUUUUGAAGGUAUGGACUCGGCCGAACAAAUAGCGACUGAUGAAGCCAUUGCCAGACAACUUCAGGAACAAGAGAAUGAAGGAAUGGCUAUGGGUGAGGUUUUUGAUAUAUUUUUUCAAUUCUAUGACAUUUUUUACUAUAACUGAGGAUUUUAUGACAUUCUUCAUUAGAAGUGAGAAUUUAAAAAAAAAUUUGGUUAAUUUUUAAGAUUUUAGAUGAUUUCCAAAACCACUCUUCAGGACCAUCGCCCCCAGCAUCGUUCCACACCGUGCCAGCCAGUGACUCGGACGAUAGUGAGAUCCAGGUGCUUGAUGUCAAGAAGAAACACAACUGGAACUCAAGUGUCACUUCUAACGAAGCCAAUUCGGAUGACGAAGUUACCGUAAUCUCAAUCACUGACAGUCCACCCAAAAAGGCUCCAACGCCAGUCAAAAAACAAGUACUGAAGAGGCCAGUACCAGUCAUAGUACCACCUCCACAAGUCAGCCUGAACGAUUACAACCGGUUGAUUUCGAAUGAUCCGACAAAGAGGAACUUUGCCGGUAAAAUGACAGCUGGCAGAUACGAAGACAUCAGGGAUCAGACCAACAAUUUGAUUGCUAGCAUGCAUAAGUAAGGGCUUGUGGGGUUGACGUACUGUAAUAUAUGUUAUGUUAGGUAUUGGUAGUACUUUUUGGGUUCAGAGGCUAUUUUUAGAUAUGCUCUCGACUGUAUUAUCUAAUUUUUGAUUGUAUAAUGAUUCUGUAAGAUAUUUUUGGUCUUUAGACUACUAUAUUGUUGUUGGUUCCCUUUGUAUAAGUUUAUAUGCAAAUUUAAAAAUUUUGUUUCAGAGCCCUAUCAACCGCCCCAGACGAAAAUGUCCUAGCCGAAAAUCCGCAAGGCCUCAAAAUCGACCUUAUGCAUCACCAAAAACAAGGCCUGGCAUGGCUGUUGUGGAGAGAAACCCAAAAGCCUGGAAGCGGAAUCCUGGCUGAUGAUAUGGGCCUCGGCAAGACCUUAUCCAUGAUAUCUCUGAUACUCGAACAGAAGAACAAACGCCUGGCCGACAAGAAUUGGGAAAAGGAAAGAGAUGAACGAAGAAAUGUAUGUAGACAUAGGAAUCUGGUCUAUUCGAAUGCUACACUGGUCGUAGCACCGGCUUCACUGAUCCUACAAUGGCAGAAAGAAGUGGAAGAUCGAGUGGCCUUGGGCAAAUUGACUGUUCAUGUGUAUCACGGGAGUAAGAGAAAGGCGUCAGCUACGUUGUAAGUAAAUUUAUAUGUUUGAAGGGUUGAUUUGUGCCAAGAUUUUUUCGUUGCGGGACCCAAAUAUACUAUUUUAUUUGUCGGUUUUGUGUAAAAUACGGUAUGCAGUAGGUACUGUUUUAAAUUUAACUUUAAUAAAACUAAUGUGUAAUAUAUUUUCAGGAUCGCCGGUUAUGACAUUGUGAUCACAACCUAUGGUACCCUGGCCUCAGACGUCCCGCUGGACAACAACUCAAACUCCGUGUUGGGCAGAAUCGCAUGGGAGCGAAUUAUCCUAGACGAGGCUCAUAAAAUCAAGAACAGAAAAGCGAAAGUUUCGAAAAUUGCUUGUCAACUGAGUGCCAUCCACCGAUGGUGCCUCACUGGUACUCCAAUUCAGAAUGAGCUUUGGGACCUGUUUUCAUUGAUCAGAUUCAUGAAGAUUCACCCAUUCCACGAAGAAGGACACUGGAAAAUGUACAUUAUGAGCGGGAGUAGUAGGUUUUUGAGUUUUUUGAAUUUUUUUUUGAAAUUUUGAAUUUUUUUUUGAAAUUUGAAUUUUUUUUUUGAAAUUUUGAUUUUUUUUAAAAUUUUGUCUAUUCUAGAAAACAACGAACGCCUAAACACCCUUAUCAAAGGUCUACUGCUCCGCAGAACCAAAGACCAAACUCAACCAAUCACUAACAAACCAAUACUAACCCUACCCAAGAGGACCUUCGAGGUAAUCGAACUAGAGAUGAAAGGUGCUGAAGGCCGGUGCUAUCAACUCAUGUUUGAAGCAUCAAGACAAAAAGUCAAACAAAUGAUCCAAGACAGCCAGAACGAAGGCUAUCACAUUAAAAAGAAGGAAAAGACCAAGAUUAUCAACCCUUUCUUGGGUAAGGCAGUACUCUUUAUUACUAUUCAGCCAAGGUUUACUCAUAAGAUUCAAGCAAUAUUGUUUGGGAUGAAGUAGUGUUACCUAGUGAGCUGGAAUUUGCGUUUAGAGAGUGUAUAACUUGACAUUUUUGGUCGAUAACACCUCUUUUUUCAGGAGGAAAUCGCGAAAUCGACACAGGAGAUCACUUCCAAAUCAUGAGCUGCUUACUCGCCCUCUUACUUCGCCUUCGUCAAGCAUGUGUCCAUCUCUCAUUGACCAAAAACGCGGUCGAUGUGGACUGCUUCAAGAACGAAGAUGUAGCCACUCCAGACGAAGAUGACCUAGCAGAACUAGAAAAGACCUUCUCGGCCAUAACCCUCGAACAAGACGAAGAGCUAGGUCAAGAUGUGGUGGCAGUCGAACGACUCUUCGAACCAGAAGCUGCCAGCACCAAAGUUCGGGCUGUUCUGCAUCAUCUGAAGGAGGUCAUCGACCGCGGUGACAAAGUUGUUAUUGUCAGUCAAUGGACAAGUGUACUAGAUAUUAUUCAGCACCAUCUGUCGGUGGAAAACGUGCCAGUUAUGUCAAUAACAGGAAGCAUGAAACCAAUCGACCGACAACAAGUUAUGAACGACUUUAAUUCGUUCAAGAACGCCAUCCCAGUCCUAUUGCUAUCACUGACGGCUGGUGGCGUAGGUCUGAACUUGGUGGGAGGUAAUCAUCUCUUCAUGGUCGAUCUUCAUUGGAACCCAGCUCAAGAACAACAAGCCUUUGACAGGAUCUACAGGAUGGGUCAGAAGAAGGAGGUUUUUGUGAAAAAGUUCAUUUGCAAAGGAACCAUCGAGCAGAGAGUGCUGGAACUGCAGGAGAAGAAGAUCAUGUUGGCUAAGAGUGUGCUGGAUGGGUAGGUUUUGAAGGUUUUUGUUAAAAAUAAGAUUUUAAAGCCAAAAAAAGAUCAAUUGUUACCUAAAAAUUUAAAGUUUAGUUAAAAUUUUGAUAAAAUGACUUUAUGUGACCCGUUUUAAACUUUCAGUGUGGCCCAAAAGAACCUGACCAAGCUCACGAUGAACGACCUCAAGUAUCUCUUCGAGUUGGACAAACGAGGUCAUGAACUCCCACCUCCACCUCAACCAUUCUCUCAGGUGAACUCUCAAGUCCCAAGAAGCUAUGCUCCAGCUGUUUCAAAGCCAUUGCCGUCUUCAACAAAACCAACUCUUAAAAGACCAUUACCUACUCACUUUGGUGGCUCGGCCGUCGGUGGAUUGCGUCGCUGA